GUAUCGUGGUGCUUCACCGGAAGUGGUUCACUCUAAACAGUGAAUUAACGGUCGCUCUGUUAUCCGUUAGUUUUUUUCAACAUCCACUUGUAAUCCCACUGAGUAGAUAUCUGUAUAAUCGUGUUUUGAUUGUCACGUUUUACUCAAAUAGUUUUUAAAAUAUAAAUUUUCCUGAUUUAGCGUCGUUUAGGCUGCUUAGCUGCCGACGUUAGCUUGACCAUCUGUUAGCUUGAAGCAGUCACGAUGAUGAAGAUAAAUAACCGAAGGAGAGAGACAGAUUGACGGGGAGGAGGCUGGCUGUUUGUUUCUGAAGUAGCAUCUAAAAUGUCAUCGCUGGAGGAUCUGAGAUUAAAAUCGUCCGAUGAAUCAACCAAAACUAACGAUGUCCAGCAGCUGAAAAUAAUCAAAGAGGAGCAGGCCCGCAGUCCCAAAGUGGACCAGGAUGACCAGAACCACCCACAGAUUAAAGAAGAGCAGGAGGAAGCGGAGAUUUUUGAGUUCCAAUUUAAUACCAUCAAGACUGAAGAGAAUGAAGAGAAAUCUCAGUCUACAAAGCUUCAUCAAACCCUGACUGAAGAGAAAGGAUACUUUAUUGGACCAGAACCAGAUGAAUGUUCAGAAUCCGAUCAUGAAGAAAAAAGUUCUGGUUCUUCAGAGACAGAUGUCAGCGAUGGAAACUGGGAGGAGAGCAGUGAACCACAGUCAAGUUUAAAAUCAGAUGAUAUAAUCUGUGACAUCGAGUAUAAACUACACACCUGCAGUGAUUGUGGGAAAGCAUUCAGCCGCAGGGAACGUCUGUUGAGACACAGAAAAGUCCACACAGGAGGGAGACCCUUCAGCUGCUCUUUUUGUGAUGCAACUUUUAAAAGAAAGUAUACUUUAGUGCAACACCUGAGAACCCAUACAGGCGAGAAACCAUUCAGCUGCUCCAUCUGUGGCCAGAGCUACCGACACAGUGUGGGACUGAGCCGCCACAUGAGGAGCCACACAGGGGAAAAACCGUACACCUGCUCCUUCUGUAAGGCCACCUUCAGAUGGAAGAACACUUUCCUGGAGCAUACGAGGAUCCACACGGGGGAAAAACCCUUUAGCUGUGCCGUCUGUAACGCAACAUUCACAUGGAAGAAUUCCUAUGUGGAACACAUGAGAAUUCAUACAGGAGAGAGACCCUAUGGCUGCACUCAGUGUGAUGCAUCCUUCAAAAGAAAAUAUACUCUAAAGCAGCACAUGAGAACCCACACGGGUGAGAAACCUUUCAUUUGCUCCAUCUGCAGUCAGAGUUAUCGACAUAACGCAGGUUUGAACCGUCAUAUGAGGAGUCACACAGGGGAGAAACCUUACACCUGCACCAUGUGCAAGGCUGCUUUUAAAUGGAAGAACGCUCUGAUGGAGCACACGAGAAUCCACACAGGAGAAAAACCUUUCAACUGCUCUGUCUGUGCAGCAGCUUUUAGGAGGAAACAGGAUUUUGUGAACCACACAAGAGUUCACAGCGGAGAAAAAGCCUUUAGUUGUUCCGUUUGCGGUCAAGGAUUCAGCAAAACCUUGUAUUUAAAUUCUCACAUGAGAAUUCAUGAAGGACAGGAACCGUUGUGCCCUGCUGUCUGAUGACUAAAAGAAUCACCCUAAAUGUCUUCGAAGCAGCAGAUGAGACUAUUUAAAAGGUAAAAAAACCCUCAAAAAUAUUGCUUUAAUAUUGCAGAAAGAAGCAAAACCACUGGCUGUGGGGAUUUUAUUAAAGUGGCAUGAAUUUAUUGAUGUUCAUAAAAAAAAUCCAACUUUUUUGGUAAUUGGAUGUAGUCAGUUUUAUAAAAAUUAAAUCUCAAUCGGGAAUAUGAAACUCCAGUUCUUCAGCCAAGGUACUUUUUUAAGACCCUUAUCAAUUAAAUUGUUAGCUGGACUCUGUAGAACUGGAAAAUUACAGAUGUUCCCUCAAACUGGACAUUAAACAUACAGGGAUUAGGAUGCAAUUCCUUCUUGUGAAAGUUUUUCUCAUUCAGUUUCAAUUCAAUGACUCAGUGCAAUGAAUUGCACCCGAUCAUUGCCUUCUCCGUGUGAAAUCACUGAUGUGCUAUUUGUGGAAGCAUUGCAUCGUUCCAAGUUCAUCAUGACUCAGUUUUACUUCAUGUUUGUGCCAAGAACAAAACUGUAGAACCCAUUUCUAAUGUGAAAUAAACUUGAGCUGUAUAUUACGAA